GUCUGGUCUUCGCCUGUGCGGCCUCCAUGUCCCCGCCGUCGUUCCAGCCCUCAGUCUUGCAGUCCUCAGUCUUCCACCGCACCGACCUGAGUAGCGUCGGCAGCCAGUCCUCGGGUACCUGGGCCAAGAGCCCCUCCAACUCCGACGG